AUGCGCUCGCCAGCCGAGCGGCCGGCGCGCACCCGAGACCGGCCGGCGCGCGCCCGAGACCCUCCGGCGCGCACCCGAGACCGGCCGGCGCGCACCCGAGACCGGCCGGCGCGCACGAAGCGCCGCCGGACCGAGCCGGAGAGGAAGAGCGUCCGAGCCGCGCGUCUCCCGGGGGGGCCCCCGCGUCGCGGUGACGCUGAGGUCGCGGUGUCCCCGCCUGACGCUGCGCCCGCUCGGGAAGGGCCGCCGCUGCCCCCCGGGGUCGAAACCCGCGUCUCGCGCUUUCCUGGGGGCUCCGGGGCGGCGGAGCGGAGCCUCCCGACGUGUGCGGGUCCCCCGCCGCCUCCGCCCCGGCCCCGGUCCGGGCGCUGGGCCGUGACACGGCGGGCCUUGUCCGGGUCUUCCGAGGGGCUACGCGGGCGGGGGUCCCGGGACGGCUCCGUCCGGGUGAGUCCCGCCGGCCCGGCGCGGAGGGUGCGGGUGGCUCCCCGGGAGUCACGCCCGGGUCCCCAGCGCCUCCCGCCCGCCGGCCUGGGGCUGCGCCGGCCGAGGGCUCCGACCCCGGGGAGGUGAGUCCGGAGCGAAAGUCUCCGAUUCGAGGAAAACAGCGAAGGGACGGGGGCGGAGGAGCGACUCCGGGAAAGUGUUCUGCGACCUCAGGACUUCCGACUGCGCCCCCCGGAGCCGCACCUUUUCACCGCCCGCGCGCGGUCUGGGGAGGCGCAUCGCA